UAAUUGUGCCACAGCAGUGGUGAUUAUCAGACCAUUUUAGAGCAAAUCUGCAGCGAAACAGUCAAUGGAGGACAUUUAUGUCAAUGUGGAAAAUGAAAAGCCUAUCUUUUCUUCAACAAUUCAUACAGGUUCAAACCGCUCAAAAAGGACCAUCACUUCAGGUGUUAUUGCUGGUCUGGUGCUGUCAAGUUUCUUACUGCUGGUUGGACUCAUCACCCUCGGUGUCUUCUACCGUGACUCAAAAAGUGACGUCUCGAAACUCUCCAACAUCAAAGACCUGCUGAACACCAACCUCACUGAAAUGGCCAAUGAACGGAUCAAGUGUUCAAACCGCUCAAAAAGGACCAUCACUUCAGGUGUUAUUGCUGGUCUGGUGCUGUCAAGUUUCUUACUGCUGGUUGGACUCAUCACCCUCGGUGUCUUCUACCGUGACUCAAAAAGUGACGUCUCGAAACUCUCCAACAUCAAAGACCUGCUGAACACCAACCUCACUGAAAUGGCCAAUGAACGGAUCAAGUACUUAAAUGAUUUCUCAAAACUCAAAGACAAUCUGACAUUGCGUCUCCAAGCCAGUAAAGAGAAGCUUUCCUCCCUGACUGAAGAGAGGGACCUGCUGAAAUCCAGCCUCACUGAAAUGACCAAAGAGCUGAACAAGUACACAGCAUGUCCUGCAGGAUGGAGGAGGUUCCGGUGUUCCUGUUACCUCCUCUCUACAGACCGUCGAACCUGGGAUGAAGCCAGACAGGACUGCCGAGUCAAAGGGGCAGAUCUGGUGGUGAUCAAUGACUCUGAGGAGCAGAGGUUUCUCUCUACAUUUGGUCAUGAAGAAAGUUGGAUUGGCUUAAAUGACAAGGGAGUGGAAGGGACCUGGAAGUGGUUGAUGGGAGUCCUCUGGUUCUAGCAAUUUGGAGUGCUGGUGAACCUAAUGGGGGUGAUAGGAUGGAAGAAGACUGUGCUCAUAUCAGAGAUGAUGACCGCAAAUGGAAUGAUCUUUCAUGUACAGCCUCUUUAUAUUGGUUCUGUGAAAAAGUAUAUUAGUUACUGUGUUUCAUUGAAAAUGUUAUUUAGUUGAGCCAUAAUCAAGCUGUGAAUAUCAUGGGAUAAUUACUGGCCAGCAUUGACUAUAGCCAUAUGUUUUAGUUUCUAAAACUACUUUUAAUGUUUAAAUAAUUUUAAAAAUCAUUGCUAAAAACAAAAACAUGAAGCUGUUCUUUCACCUCUAUUUUCAGAUCAGUGUCCAAACUGCAUUUUCUUGACCAAACAUCUAAACACACAUUUUAUACCAUCUUAUUUCAUUCCGUGUAACUGAUUUUGACGUGUCCCUCAUGCUGCUCCACUAACUUUAGUGAAUGCAAAAAGUGGUUAAAGGACACAACAUUAACAUACUUUUUAAUUUCCUCAUUUU